CGAGAAAUCAGGGAAAUGAUCUACGACCUCGUUCUAGAACCUGUUGAAUUUAGCAACCUAUACACUGCCAAGACAGCAUACACGCCAGAGACAUGCCCUUUACUCUACGUUCACUGGAUGAUAACCGAAGAACUACAAAAUCGUCUCUAUAAAAACCACGCCAUAGUUAUCCCGUUUCAAGAACCCAGCGAAUACGUCAUCAGCAACAGAACUUUUGCGCAGCACAUAAACAAGACCACACGCAGGAUGAAGAUGCAUACAGACAAAAUCAUUGUCGAGAUGGUGCAGACGAAAGAAGCUCGCUAUCCCGAUAACACACUUGACAGAAACGGGAUAAGAAAAAACGACGGCGACUUUUGGAUAGAUGUUGAAGCAGGAGGAGAUUUUCCGACAAGAGUGGUGCAUGAACUGCUCUGGAUGAGGCAACACCUCCCUGCUGUACGGACUGUCAAGUUUGUGCUUUGGGAAGGCGAGUGGUCCAUGUAUUCGAGAGCAUGGACGGAACCUCUACAGAGGUUAUUGGACAAUUGGGGCGAGUUGCAUAUUGAGGUGGAGAUU